AUGAUAAAACUUUCACACGUUAUAUCAAGACUAGCCUCUCAUUUUAUAUCUAUCUACUAUUCGAGGAGGCAGGACAAGAGCCAUUACUUUUAUUGUAACUUCAAGAGAAACUUCACGGGAAACUCGGAACGUGUUGGGGCCGCAAUAGCUGUUUACUACAAGGGAGCGUUGGUGGUGGACUUGUGGGGUGGACUCGCUGAUCGUACAACUCAAAAUCUGUGGGAUCGCGAUACUUUGGCUGGUAUUGUCUGCUGUACAAAGGGCAUCGCAGCGAUCUGCAUGGCAAUGAAGGUUGAUCAGGGUGAAUGCAGUUACUCAGACAAAGUGGUGAAAUUCUGGCCAGAAUUCGGACAUAAUAACAAACAAGACAUAACCAUCGAGAUGAUUCUUACUCAUCGAGCAGGACUGCCAUAUUUUGAUGCCGAAUUCAACCUGAAUGAGUUAACCAAGGACGGCAUCGCUAAAAUAAUAGAAGCCGAAUUUCCCAAGUAUCCACCUGGUUCUAAAACCGAAUAUCACGCAGUUACCUUUGGAUGGCUCAUCGACCAGGUUUUCUGCCGCAUUGACAAAAAACGUCGAACAGUGAGCGAGUUCUUUCGCGAAGAAGUUCAGGAAAAGUAUAAUGUGGAAGUGUACAUCGGUUCUUCUGAAGAACAAGAAACUCGUGUGGCAAAAUUCCCCACCGUUAAAAAGAGCGUGGUAUUACGCGAGUACAUCCACGAUAGGAAAAUUUUCGCCAUUGGUGCACACCUUUCAAAGAAACCAACAGUAACUGCAAGCAGAAUGCGAAGCAGUAAUGAGGUUGGUAGAUUUGAUGAUGUCAGAAUCAGCCAGCCACAGUUUUGCAAUGAAUUUGACCACGCAUUAGGCGAAGAAGAGAACAAAGGUUAUGGAUUCAUCUACACAAAGAGUAGAACGAAUUCCUGGCAAAUCGGCCAUCCGGCGAUAGGAGGUCAAUGUGUCUACAUGGAUUCCAAGAAUGAUCUUGUCGUGUGUUACCUGACGAAUGGCCUGAAGUCCUGGGUUGGAGACCACCCAACGUGUUUCGGUAAUCUGCAGCUGAAAAUAUAUGAAGCAGUUGCCGAAAUGGCCAAACGCAGAUCCAGCGAAGACAUUGAUGAGGCGCUGAACGACCAAUGUAUUUAG